AAAGCUUUUUCACUCUCACUUUCUCAAACCACACUCCAAUUUUCUCUUCUUCAACCCUUUAAAAAUCCCAAUCCUAUUCGCUUUUCAACUCAGUUGCACUUUUCUCAACCUUCUCCACAAAAAUCCUCUGCCUCGGCUUUCCCAAUUCCUCUCUCCAUGGCUUCUGAAACACAGGAUGUCUCCUAUGAAGAGGAGUAUGUAUUGAACUCACGUGGGUUGAAGCUUUUCACGUGCCAAUGGCUUCCAACAAAUCAGGAACCAAAGGGCUUGAUCUUCAUCUGCCAUGGCUAUGCAAUGGAAUGCAGUAUCACCAUGAAAAGCACAGCAAUUCGGCUUGCAAAGGCAGGUUUUGCAAUUUAUGGGGUUGAUUACGAAGGCCAUGGGAAAUCAGACGGCUUGCAAGGCUAUAUUACAAGUUUUGAUCAUGUGGUGGAUGAUUGCUCCAAUCACUUCACAUCCAUUUCUGAAAGGAAACAGAAUAAGGGGAAAAUGAGGUAUCUGUUAGGGGAGUCGAUGGGAGGGGCAGUGGCUCUGUUGUUGCACAGAAAGAAACCAGAUUAUUGGGAUGGUGCUGUCUUGGUUGCACCCAUGUGUAAGAUUGCAGACGAUGUAAAACCAAACCCAAUAGUGGUAAAUAUACUCACAAAGCUCUGCAAUUUUAUACCCACAUGGAAAAUAAUUCCAACCCAAGAUAUCAUUGAUGUUGCUUUCAAAGUUCCUGAGAUUAGACAUCAGAUCAGAACUAAUCCUUACUGCUACAAAGGGAGGCCUCGCUUGAACACUGGCCAUCAACUUCUCAAGAUCAGUUCAGAUCUUGAGCAAAGACUCGAAGAGGUCUCGUUUCCAUUCAUAAUUCUCCAUGGGGAGGUGGAUCGAGUAACGGAUAUAUCGGUGAGCGAGCAACUCUAUGAGAAGGCGUCGAGCUGGGACAAGAGCUUGAAGACAUAUCCAGAGAUGUGGCAUGGAUUGCUGUAUGGAGAGACACUUGAAAACAUUGAUGUUGUAUUUGCAGGCAUAAUUGCUUGGUUGGAAGAAAGAUGUGCUUUGGGAAAUUCAAGGAUAGAGAGACAGCUGAAGAGUGAAUGUGAUGAUCAACAAGCCAAAUGAUUUUCAAAGAUGUUGUGUUGUGUAUAAUGUAUAUGUUGUUUCUGAUUGAAGCGAAGUUCUUUUUUCUUUUUUUCUCUUUUUCUUAAUGAUAUUUGUAAAUUAUAACAAAAAAAAAAAGGUGUAAAAUUGAGUCUGUAUUAUACUACAGAGUGAAACAAGUUUAUUAGAAA